CCUUUGGUUUCAAGGUUUCCGCAUAUGCAAAUCGGUAACCGGUCGAUGUAUUUUGAAAUCAGAACUUUGCAUAUAAAUAGUGCGUUAUUGCGAAAAACUGUAUCAAAUCAUUUCUGCUUUGUACGAAGCCACUAGCAAAAACUAUCAAAAUGAAAUUCCUGAUUUUGGGUCUUGCUCUUAUCGGCGCUGCCUCUGCUGGUAUUGUAUCCUUAGGCGCAUCUCCAGCUCUUGGCGGUGUUUUGGCUGCCCCUGCCAUUGGUGCUACUCUUGCUCCAGGUCUUGCUACCGGAAUUGCCGCUCCUCUUUCUGCAUCCCUUGGAGCUCAAGUCAUUGCUGCUCCAGCUAUCAGCCCCCUUUCAGCUGGACUUGCACCAAUUGGCCUUAGUUCCGGACUUCUUGGUCAACAAAUCAUUGCCGCUCCAGGUUUAGCUUCAUUGCCUCUUGGACUUAAUGGAUUGGGAUCUCCUCUCCUUUGGAAGAAACGUGCUUAAGUCAUAGCUGACUGUGGUAAAAAUGGACUGAAUGUUUUAGAAAAAUAAAGAAUAUAACGAUACGAAACAAAA